CUAAAGAAUCAUCAGCUCCCUUCAGAUCCCACUACAACGUAACGCAAGGUACGAAGUUUCACAUCUCACCCUCUCCGUGUUAUCCUCCGAUUUCGUAUACAGUUUCUACAACUUUCGCUCUUAUGUUCUGGUACUAUUGUUUUCUUCUGGCUCUUCGGAAUAUGGUUUCUGUUUUCUUUUGGGAUUGUGAAGAAACGGUAAUUUUUAAGUGUGGCUGUUGGAUGUGAUUCGGAAUCUAGGAGCUCGAGUUUCUUCUGGCUUUUCAAUUUGGUUUCUGUGAAUGUUAAAGUUGUAUCACAUUGAACUACUUUUCUGAGUUUAUUUGAUGCUUAUCAUCGGAGGAAUGUUCAGUGAGGGAUGCUGAUCGUAAUGAGGAGGUUGGCUACCCUGGGAGAAGAAGAGAAGAAACGGUGUUCUGUACGAGAGAAAGGAGGGAGACUUUGGAGUUGAUUCUUUGUUCUUUUUUAAUCCCAGUCAGCAUUUUCCGUGCGGUGUAUUUUUUUUUUAAAGGCUUCUGUGGAGCGGAAUUGGAGAAACAGAUCAAGAACAGAAAGAAAAUGGAUUCCUCAAACCUCACUACGCUUCUCGAAGACGAGACCCCAGAGCAGCAAACCCAGCGACCUGUCUCUGCCUUCGCCUCCAAGCCUGAUCGCCCUCCUACUCAGAGUUCGUCACAGAAAUACUCACCGGUGGAUUGGUCGGGCUAUUUUGAUCGAGAGGAUGACAUUAAUAUCCCGGAAACAGAUAAUGUGUUUCAUGUAUAUAUAGCAGGAACAGAAGGGCCGGUUGUGUUUUGUCUACAUGGAGGUGGUUUUUCUGGGCUUUCAUUUGCGUUAGCAGCAAGUAAAAUCAAGGAGAAAGCUCGAGUAGUGGCGAUGGACUUGAGAGGACAUGGAAAGUCUGUGACAGAAAAUGGCGUUGACCUAUCUCUUGAGACGAUGUGCAAUGAUGUUUUGGCUGUUUUGAAAGCAAUGUAUGGAGAUUCACCCCCUGCAACUGUGCUUGUUGGCCACAGCAUGGGUGGUUCAGUCGCUGUGCACGUUGCUGCAAAGAGAUUGUUACCUAACUUGGCUGGGCUGGUUGUUGUGGAUGUUGUAGAGGGAACGGCAAUGGCUUCAUUAAUUCAUAUGCAGAAAAUCUUAUCAAGCAGGAUGCAACAUUUUUCAAGCUUUGAAAAAGCGAUUGAAUGGAGUGUAAAAGGAAGUUCUCUGAGAAAUGUGGAUUCAGCUCGUGUGUCCAUCCCUUCCACAUUAAAGUAUGAUGAUGCAAAGAAAUGUUAUACUUACCGGGCACGUCUAGAAGAGACGGAACAAUAUUGGAGAGGCUGGUAUGAACGUCUUUCAGAUAAGUAUCUUUCAUGUUCUGUUCCAAAGCUCCUGCUGUUAGCAGGAACAGACAGACUGGACAGAGCUCUCACAAUUGGUCAGAUGCAAGGCAAGUUUCAAAUGGUGGUCGUCAGACACACUGGACAUGCUAUACAGGAAGAUGUACCUGAAGAGUUUUCUAAUCUGAUCCUGAAUUUUAUCUCUCGUAACCGUAUAGGCCCCCAUGGAAUUGAGAUACCAGGUCUCCGCCGGCCAUCCCAAUCACAACCAUGAACAAAGAUGGAUUAUCGAAGGAUGACAACACCCUCCAAGAUGACAGACUGACGGCAUAGUACCGGCAUUUUCUUCAAUAGUUGCACUUUCUGUUCUCCAGAGUUUUAUUUUAUUUUAUCAAUGUUGGCAGGGUGUGGUGGAUAGUCAGUUUGGAGAUGUUGAUCAAAUGCUUAUGGUCCAUGGAGUUUAGGACAUGAAUUUUCUGAGAUGUGCCAACUUUUUUGUAAAUAUUUGCUGCAGAUAUACCAUUCCAGAGGCUCUAUCUCGAUUUGCCUUCAUGGCUACAACUAACUAUUAAAGAAACGAUACAAGGAUAUUUUUGCAUGCAAUGUUAAUAACAUAUUGUGUAUGCUUUGCCUAAGGUAA